AUGGGGAGUCGGAACUUUGUGUGCUUGGUGCUGGUGUGCGGGGCGCUCUUGUCACUAUGGUCGCUGUUUCGCUCGUCGAACCCAUCUUCGCCUGCACUACACGAGGACACGACCGACGCUCGACCACCAUACAAACAUGAAACGGUACCCCAUCAUCCUCAUGCGCCCGUACCCGUACCACCCACUCCCCCGAAAGAAGACCCCCCGCCACCAACAAACCCCGCGCCCGCCCUAACACUGAUAGUCCUCUGGUCCCCGCACAAACGCAACGAAGACUACCUCCCCUCCUUCUUCGCCUCCGUCGGCGCGAACCCCGCGAUCGACCUCCUCCUCAUCAAGUUUGACAAGUACGGGUACGACGACGGGCAGUGCGAGCGGCUGCACGCGCAGGGCGUGCGGAAUGUGAGGGAGGUGUGUUUGGAUGUUGAGGAGUUCGUGGGGCUGCAUGUGGAUUAUUUUUGUGGGGUGUGGGGGUGUGAUCAUAAGCAGAGGGAGGUUGUGGAAAGGGUUUUGGAGGAGAGGGUUCCGUUGGACCGGGUAAACUCGAUGUACCGCCCCUUUCGCGCCGAGAUCUUCAAGCAGUUCCUCCACCCCGACCUCAAGCUCUGGGGCUGGUGCGACCUCGACCAGAUCUUCGGCUCCUUCGCGCGCAUGUUCCCCUGGGACCUCGCCCCCUCCUACGACGUCCUCUUCGCCUCCUGGCCCGUGCACGGCUACACAUCCCAACACCUCUUCGUGCCCGGCCACUUCGCCGUGUUCCGCCGCGCGCCGGACGUCGCGGCGGCGUUCCUGCAGGUGCACUUUCUGAAGAGCUACGAGGCGUUUGUGAGGCUGCCCGAGGGCAUGCCGAGCGAGGCGGUCGAGGAGGCGGAGUUCAGCCAUGUGCUGCUGAUGCGGACGCCGCUGACGUUCGUGCGCUUCCCGGCGAUGGCGGAGUCGAUGUAUCAUCUCGACUCGCUGAACGGCGUGUUCGCGAUCGAGAACGCCGCGGACGCACCGAAUUUACCUAUAGUCAAUAACCCGGACAGCAGUAUCGGCGACGCCAUUGCCAGCGCACGACACCAGAUCCUGCCUCUGCUCGUCCAACGCAAAUCCGAGCCCGCACGCCCAACGUUCAGCGCUCAAGGCGUCGAAUCGAACGUCGAGCUCCUCAGCGGCGCCAAACUCCCCAAAGACCUCGACCUGUGGUUCCCGCGCGGUUUCGGCGUUGCGUACCAUUCCUCACUGUCGGCUUCCCAAUCCGACAUGGGACGCAACGCGCGGCGCUACGUUCUCCGGCGCGCGCGCGGCGGAGCCGUGUCCGAGCGUUUCGAGCCCGAGCGGCCUAUCUCGCUCGUGCACCCGGAGUCCAACUCCAACUCCAACUCCAACGACGAAGACGGGAUGGAAGCGGCGAUGCACCGCGGCGAGCAUGUGAAGGGCACGUGGUUGCGCGAGGGCCUGUACGUGCAUCUGCAGCACGAGAAGUAUCGGAAGUGGUGGGACGUGCCGGACCAUGCGUUGGGGGAGGGGGAGGUGAUGUUUGUGGAUCGGGCACAUGGGGCGCGGUUGUGGGAUGGGGCUGGGAGAGAAGUGUGGAGGAGCUGGAGGGAGGAGGGGGAGGAUUGGUGA